GGUGAUGAAGAAGGGAAUAGUAAUAGAAACACUAAUAGAAGAAUGGAUUUGAAUCUAUAUUUAGGUCUACCACUUCGCUUGACAGAACCUGAUCUUGGUUCAGAUCUUGCUUUAAAUUCAUUACCUGUAUCAGCUUCAGAAAUGUCUAGUACUUCUCAUUCAGAAUCAUAUCCACCUACCGUACAAGAACAAGAAGCCCCAGAAACCCUAAAUGAUGAAUUCUUUGGCGAUCCAUUUCUUCCAUCUUUUUUACCUUCAUUUGCUUCACCUGCUGUUCAAGAUAGUACUGAAGGUGUUCUUAAUGAAGGUAGUAAUAGUAAUGAUGCCGCUGAGUAUGUACCAUACUCUCUGUCUUCUUAUGCUCCAGUUUCCUUAUCUACAACGCCUGCUGUCCAAGAUAGUGAAUCACCUGCUCAACGACCAAGUGUUCCUCAUGUUCCUUAUGUACCUGGUUCACCCACAGCUAGGGCUCGUCGCAGAAAUAGUUCAUCAUUGCAAGCAGUUACAGGUUUUGCUCCAUACAGACCUGACAAUACGCCAAGGAGGAGUUCGUUGGAUCAUGAUGGUCUGGAUAGACCGAGGCUGCUUCAGAGUCCAGAAGUUCGGAUUCGAAGAUUGAUUGAUUCAAACCGGCGUUUGUUUGUUAGGAGGUUAAGGGCAACUGUUCCAGAUGAUUUGGUGGAAUCUGAUGGUCUAGAGGGUUUUUUGCCAGUUACAGAUGAUGGUGGUUUGCGUGAUAGAGUAGUGUCAGAUCCGUUGAAUGAAACAAGUGGUGAAGGUCAGAAAACGAGUGAGGAGAAUGUGGGUGGGGAGGGUUUAGAAGAGAAGGGGACUGAGGAUCAGAAUAAUGGAGCUGCUAACUUUGAUUGUAAUGUAUGUUUGGAUGUGGCGAAAGAACCCGUUGUUACUUCAUGUGGGCAUUUGUUCUGCUGGCCUUGUUUAUAUCAAUGGCUUCAUCUUCACAGUGAUCAUAAAGAAUGUCCUGUGUGUAAAGGUGAGGUAAUGGAAUCAAAUAUCACACCUAUAUACGGACGAGGUAGUUCUGAAAUGGAUGAGAAGAAAGAGGGUGGAGAGGAAAACUCGGGUUUAAAAAUUCCCCCAAGACCAUGUGGGCGUCGGUUGGAAGGAUUUAGGCAGAGAAUUCGGAGACCAGUUGGUCCAUUUAGGUUUGUUGUGGGCGAAGAUACACAAAAUGGAGAAGAAGGGCCAGAGGAGCCUAGUGUCCAUGGGAUUUUUAAUGGAGCUAACAGUAGAGUUCUUACAAGACUUUUGGCAGCUCGUAGACGAAGGGAAGAUAGUUCGGAGCAUGCAAUGAAUGCUGGUGGAAGUGGGUCUUCUGGAAGCGCAAAUGAGGCGGCUUUAAAUCCCACAGAAAGCAGUCAUCAACCAUCUGGUGUGCUUCAUGGAGGUGGGUCACGCAGUACUCCAUCAGCUCUUGCACGCCGUGUAACAGGGUUAUUGCCAAGGUAUGCGUUAUACAGUUUCCAUUCUGAUAGAUUUGCAGAAAUUGCUUCUGAGCUGUCUAAUGUGGUGGUAAGGAUGGGAAACAAUAGUGAGAGUAAUUCUGGUGCUUCUGUGAAUCCUCGAGAGGUUCGAGGAACUUCAGAAACCACAGCGGCUACAGAUCAAGCUUCUGCCUCCAGCACCGUUGCUGUUAUACAAGGCGAUAAUAGAGGUCAAAUUGAUGCUCCUGCAGAGCCAAGCAGCGUGGGUUCAUCUCGAACCCUUAGGCGCCGACGAAGAAACGCUGUAUCUGGUUCUUUUGAUGUGGAUGGAGAAGUUAAUACUGUUCGUAAACGAAGAAGGCUGAAUUAGGUUCUUAGAGUUACGACUAAAAAAUGAUAAUCAGAAGGAUACAGUUUAGACCCUUCGUUUUGUAAUAUGAUUUUUGUGUUGAUAUCUUGAAAGAGGAAUAUAUGAAAUUUGAGCAUCAAAAUAACAUGUCUAAUGAGGAUAUAUUUUUUUGUUACAAUUUGUCGCGUUGAGAUUGCAGAAGUACCAAGGACAGCAAUUGGUCUUGUUGAAGUUGACGUUAACUAUUGCUCCUUAUCGAGUGGGUCUUAAUCCACUCACUGUUGAGCGAGAUAAGGGUAUGAAAUCCUCUCGUGAUUGUGAUGGUGAUGGACAAGGUGAGCAUUGUUCUACUGAAUCUCAUCUCUCUAUUCAGAAGUGAUCAAGAUGUAACUCUAGAGUUUACUAGAGUUAGAGUUAAUCUUCUUACUGCUGAUCCUUCUGUAAUUCUUGCUGAGGUUGCCUUUGCUGCUCUCAGUUCUUCUGAAAAGAAGUAAAGUUUUUUUAUUGAACCUCUUUCUGAGUUUGAGUUUACUUUCAUGUUAUUUGAGCUUUUUGUGUUUGUGGUAGGUAAGGCUUUAGUUUUGAGAAAUGCUAACAAGCAGUGCCUUGUGCAAACUCCUCAGCAAGCAGUACAUUGCGGGCUUAGGGGAAUCCAAAUUAUCAUGUUAAUAUGUUAUGUAACUUAUGUUGAUCUAUAACCUCAAAAUUGUAUUUA